GAGAGAAAAACGCAAGAGUCUCUUCAUUAACCAUCAUCCUCCAGGACAAAUAGCAAGGAAAUACAGCUCCUGCUCCACUAUUUUCCUAGAUGAUAGCACAGUCAGUCAGCCAAACCUCAAGUAUACAAUUAAAUGUGUAGCUCUUGCAAUAUAUUAUCACAUCAAAAACAGGGACCCAGAUGGAAGGAUGCUCUUAGAUAUUUUUGAUGAAAACCUUCAUCCUCUUUCGAAAUCCGAAGUGCCACCAGAUUAUGACAAACACAACCCAGAACAGAAGCAGAUUUACCGGUUUGUUCGGACGUUGUUCAGUGCUGCUCAGCUCACGGCUGAAUGUGCCAUUGUCACCCUGGUAUACCUUGAAAGACUGUUAACGUAUGCAGAGAUAGACAUCUGUCCGGCCAACUGGAAGCGCAUCGUGUUAGGGGCGAUCCUGCUGGCCUCCAAGGUGUGGGACGACCAGGCCGUGUGGAACGUGGAUUACUGCCAGAUCCUGAAGGACAUCACAGUGGAGGACAUGAACGAGCUGGAGCGACAGUUUCUCGAAUUGCUCCAGUUCAACAUCAACGUUCCCUCCAGCGUCUAUGCCAAGUAUUAUUUUGAUCUUCGUUCUCUGGCAGAAGCAAACAACCUGAGCUUCCCCUUGGAGCCCCUGAGCAGGGAGAGGGCGCACAAGCUUGAGGCCAUCUCUCGCCUCUGCGAGGACAAGUACAAGGACCUGAGGAGAGUGACGAGGAAGCGCUCGGCCAGUGCUGACAACCUGACCCUGCCCCGGUGGUCCCCGGCCAUCAUCUCCUAACGCCGAAGCCCCGCUGGAGGCCACAACCCUGCGGUUUCUCCUUUAGUUUGAGAAAAGACAGACUUGGGGUGGGUUUGUUUUUUUUCCUUUCCUUUUCUUUUUAAACUCAUAGCUCCGUCGGGCUGCCUCGAUGACCGCCGGCUGCGAGGGAAGCAAGUCAGUAUUCUGGAAACCCCGUUUCCCGCCGUCGGUCACAGCGCCCCCCUCGUGGAGGAAACGGACUCUGAUCCUGGAGGAGGAGUAGCGGGAAGGGGAGUGGUGGCCAGGCUGGGAGAAUGGUAACCCAGCCACUCCCGAAGUCCCCCACCCGGUCAGUAGAGCGCGACGGACACAGCGUAGAUGACAGAGUUGGACGUGCAUUAAAGACAGUGCUGCCUUCCCACCUGGGUCAGUGUGUUCUGUGAGACUUCUUGCAUUCCUUCUCGCUGCUUUUUUGGGAGCUGGGGGAUUUUUGGUGGUUUGUUUUUAUCCUGUUUUGGUCCCACAGAGCAGAGAACAUAGUUUGUACCCACCACGGCACAGACAUCCAAAUAAAUAGUACCGGUUGUUUCUCUCUGCGCCAUUUUGCGAGCUAUCUCCUGAGCUUUCUUCCUCACCAGUGGGGUGUGCCCGUUAGGUCUCUGUGCACCUUUAUUUUAGAGUUUUUCUUCAACACUGGCAGGAUUCACUUGACUGUUGUGCUGAACCAAAAGUAUCCCUUUCCCCCUUACUCGUCACCCCAAGAAAAUUCUAGAUUACAUCGGUGCUUGUGCCUUCCGGUUUUCUUGCUGUUCUGGGUUUUUUUGUUUUGUUUUUUUUCCCCUUUCUGUGAGCUGAAGUUACAGUUACAAACUCAGACUUUGUGGGCUGAAGGAACCAAUGUGUGUGGCAAAGGGUAUCCCCAGGUUGGGAAUUUUUCCAGAGCGCUGGGUGUUUGAGUAGGAGCCAUUUCUUUGUACUCCCUGCCUAAUUCAUUCCUCUCCUUCCGAUGUCCAUUGUUGCAAGCAAUAUUCUCAAUUUUUAUAUGUUUACUUUAAAUCAAAGUUAGUCUAUUUGUAUAAAAUUUUUUAAAAAUCUAAAAUUACAAAAAAAGGUGGGUGGGUAUACUUGUGGGAAGAACAUUCAAGGGAAAAAUGUUAACUGAGGUAUUUUUCACAGAAUGAUUGAAUAAAAAAAAUUCAACUUGCAUUUUCAUUGUGGGUGCUUAGAGAAGUUCUAAAAAAUUCAAACUGUGAAGGUUUCUGCUUCAUUAGUUAUGACCAUACUUUUUCAUUCUGACUCUUCCUGAUUUCCUUAUGGGCUAGAUAAGAACCUUUUACAUCAAAUAAAAUAAAAGGGUUAAUGAUAGAAUAUCAAAGUCUUAAGAAUCUGAGUCACUUGCACAUAUACAAUGCUUUGGGUUUUUGCAUUUUAGGUAAAGGUAACAGUGACGGGUUUCUGAGUGUUUUCCUUUUUCAAAUCUCUGUGAAGUAAACGGCACCAAAUGAUCUGUGUUUCACCUUCCUCCCAUGUGAGCUUGGAACAUUCUGGAAUCUUAUAGUAAAUAGGUCUUGAGUACCCUAAAGUCAUACACCCAGUCCCCAGACUUGCCUGCUCUUGAUGAAACACGCUUGGGGAAAUGGAAGGGACUCAGAACGUCAAAAAUCCUAAGAGCAUCAGGCCAAAAGUGUUAGUCAGGUUUCAGUGAAAUUUGUGUCAUAUAGAAACACGAGUGUUUGGGCCAGAAAUGUCACCAUGUUCUUUCUGGCCUAAACUUUCUGAAGCAAACAAGCAGAAUAUCAAAAGUUAAUUAUCUUUCUAUUGUAAUUGUGCCGAUACACUCUGUAUGGGUACCAAAAUCAGCUUCUCCCUUCAAGAGUUGAAUUUAGAACUUUAAAUACAAAUCUAAAAAUGUAGAAAAUAUCAUUUUAUAUUCCCUAAUCUAUAUAGCUUAAAAAGGGACAUAUUUUCUUAGCUGAAUAUGAAUACCUCUUAACCAUAAAUUAGUUCCUCUCGUGUAAAUUCCUAUUUUACUGAUCCAUUUCAGGAAAGAGGUUCUGCUGCCUUUAUAGCAGAAAUCUUAUUUUUAUCCCUUUUAUUUGAAUGAGAGAUUUGAAAAUUGAAUUAUGUAAAUAUUUCAAUGCAUCUGCUAUUUUGUGGAGUUUAUUAAACUACUUUAAAAAAU